UGUAUGUGCGAGAGUGUGUGUGUGUGUGUGUGUGUGUGUGUGUGUGUAUGCGCGCGCGUUCCUCACGGCCGCUGCUGUGCGUUAACGAGGCUUUGAUCCCGGAGCGUCGCGAGUCCGAAGCUCCUGGCUGGAUGGUGUCGGUGUCGGUGUGAGUGUGUAGGUGUGUGUGCGCACCUGUGUAUGUGUGCAUGUGUGUGAGUUUAGUUUCCCAUGGCGAACAUGAGCAGCAGUGUGUGCAUGGAGACUCCACACACUCACGGCCACGCCCACAGCUACACGCCCACCACUGGACGGGACUUUUCUCUGCAGAUGGACUCCUGCAUGAACCCGGUUCUGGACUACAGCGCUCAGAUGGAGCGCUAUCGCUCUUUCGCUAACUUCUACAAAAAUGGCGCCGCGCCCUUUCCCCAGGCGGCGAAAAUCGCUCGCUUGGCCACGCCCAUUUUCCCGUCGCCGAUGGCGCCCUGGUCGUGCGACAACGGAAUGCUCUGGGGACGCAAGCCCCCCGCCGUGAACGUCAAUGUCAACGUGAACGUCAACGGCGCGCACGCACAUGCUCACGCGCACCGGACCGCCAUGCCGCGGGCGGAGCCGCUGAACGUGCACAUGCCCUCCAAGAUGGCCGCCGACAACUUCCUCUCUCCGCUCACGCCGGUGGGCGGAGCCGACUGCAUGAACCGCCUCAAGGUGCCGUCUCAGAGCAGCGGUGGCGGCGGAGGGAGCGGGACCAGCGAUCCCGAGAGGGGCGGGGCUACAUUCGGAGGGUUUGCCCUGCCCCCGGGGGUCAUCGUCAUGACGACGCUGCACUCAGGGGCGGGCUCGUCGGGGGCGACCAUGACAGACAGCGCGUUUCAGAUCGCCGCAGACUGUCAGCACAGCAGCUCGGCGUCCUGCUCCGGAUCUAACGCUAGCACCAACGCCAGCGCUAGCACCAACAGCAGCUGCAGCAGUGGAGCCGCUAAGAGGAAGAGGAAGCGCUGCGGCGUGUGCGCCCCCUGCAGGCGGCUCAUCAACUGCGGCGUCUGCAGCUCCUGCCGAAACAGGAAGACGGGUCAUCAGAUCUGCAAGUUCAGGAAGUGUGAGGAGCUGAAGAAGAAACCAGGAAGCACAGUGGAGAGAGCCUCGUCCGUGGGCGCCGCAGACACGUUCCGCUGGUUCUUCUGAGAAAGGAAAUCCCCAAACUCAGCGGAGACCGGACUGUACACACACACACACACACACACACACACGUCCACUCACACACACGUCCACUCACACACACUCACAGGAGCACAGCAGUGGAGUCGAGACUGUAUGAAGCAGACCAUGUGGUGUCUCCUGAGGACGUCCCGCAGGACACCAGACAGGACACACGCCCCCCCCACGACCCCCCGCUCCUGUCAGCCUGUCUUACUCGAGCGCUGUCAUCAGUUUAGGGAAGGACACGAAUCAGAAGCCCUCAGGCUGACGGGGAGCAGAAUGUCCACGGGUCCUCGUCCAUCCGUCUCUCAGCGUCUCCGAGCUACGAUUUUAUUCUGUUUAUCUUCUUUUAUUUCAUGUUUUUCUCUCUUAACGUCACACAUUCACACACACACGCACGCACACGCACACUCACACACACACACACACACACUCACACACACACACACACACACACACACACACACACACACACACACACAGAUAAAUUCAGCAGCACACGGGGGUCACGUCCGACCGCAACCCAGAACGAAGACGCCGGGUAGACUGACGGUACGAUCUCCCGGGUCGAGACCUAGCGUAAUUCUCGCGUAAUUAUCAGACGCCUCGCGUGUGAGUGGAAGCUAAUUCCCAAAAUCCGCUGGAAGACACGGCGCCGCACGUUUGGAAUCGUUAGCGCAGCCAUGAAACCGGCGGGGCACAAAAUCAGCGGGAGAUAAACAGACGCGAGCAGACCGGAGCGAUUCGGAAUCUGUUCAGAACCGGCUCCAGCAGGAAUAACGCUAACCUGAUCCGCUACAGCUAAUCACACGGCAGAGGUUUCGCCAGUGAGACGUGAAGCGCGGCCGGUGCUAACGUUCAUUACCGCCUGAGCUACGUCUCGGGUGCGUUUAAUGAGCAGGAACGCUGAUUUACGUAGACGUUUAGCGUCGAUGGACCUCGGAUCAGGCUCAAUUAGCGGCCUGGGAGCAGGUAGCGUUGAGCUCUGCUAUAUCGACGCUCUGAAGCGGCGGCGUGGCUCUGUCCUGAUGAAUGCUAAUUGCUGAUGGUCGCGGAGGUCACUCGGUCAGGUCAUCCUGCUGCUGAGAGCUGAUUGGUGUUGCUCUCUGUGUGGCUGGGAUGGAGUUACUGUUUCCUGAACCUCCUGAAGCUCUCUGUGAGCUCACACGUACGGAUCGAGAAUGUUAGCAUGAGAUUACACGCGCCUCAGCUCAUUAGGGCUUUGGAGGAAGCACGUGUUAGCCAGACCCUCCCAGAAACACCAGACAAAGAAACAAAUAAUAAUAAAAAAAACUCAAAGGGGAAGCAAAGGAGCAGAAGUCUGAGGGGAUCCCGUAUCCAGCACGGUCAGAGCUACUGACCUGGCUGGGCGUCCACACAGACACCCCCACAGACCACCACCUAAAAUUAAAAUUAAAUAAAAUGAAAUAAAGAAACUCAGGCUGGAAGCUUUCAGACGUGGAUCGUUUAUAACGGGAGAGUUUUGAACCCACGACCCUUAGUGACCUCACCUCAGUGAUUUAAUACUAUACACUGAGGUGUUAGUGCGGCCCUCAUGAUUUAGCUCCUGAUCCAUCAGGGUUCGUCCUGAAGAACCUGGAAAUCUGUGGAUUAAUAAGAUGAAAUCCGGUCCUUAAAUAAUAAUGUCUAUUUAAUUAUUUGCACUUCAGUCUCGGUCUGAUCGGUUCUUAUUAUUUUUUAUUAUCUUCCGAGCGUAUUGCUGAACCUGAUCUCUGAUCUCGAUGCCUACAGGAACGUAAAACGAUUAUCGUUUAUCCUCUGCGGGAAAUCUGUAGCACUUCUAACAUUAAAUAAUAAAAAUAAUAUUAAUAAACGUGUUGGGGUUGAAAUCACAGCGAGUUUCUGUUCGACUCUCAGAGCGUCUGAGCUCCGGGAUUUUCUUUAUUUGGAGUCGUAAUAACGAUUCAUGAAGAGAUUUGAAAUGUGGAAGCAGCUGAAGCGUAAGAACGCUGCUCACGGUCGCUCGAGCUUUAUUAGUGUUAUGAGAGACUCCGGCCUCUAGGGGGGGGUGAACUGCAGAUUGGCUAAUAGCUGUUAACAGUGAUGGGACCAGAAGCUGCUGCUGGUUCUUCCGGUCCAACUCAGAACGGCUCCAUUUUUCAUCCUGGCUUCCGCCUGGUACUGAAAUUUCUGACACACGUACAGUAACCGCGGCGUUCCGUCCUCACCGUCACUGUCCUCACCGUCACCACCGUCACUGUCCUCACCGUCACUGCCCUCACCGUCACCGUCACCGUCCUCACCGUCACCGUCACCACCGUCACUGUCCUCACCGUCACUGUCCUCACCGUCACCGUCUCUGGUUUUAUAUUGUUUUUUUCUGUCUGUUUCUUUGGUGUUUUAUUUAGUUUGUUUCUUUCUUGGUGUUGAAUGCAUACUGGAGACAUUUUUUGAGGAGCGUUUAGGCCUCAUUGAGCCCCUGCAGACACAUGGAUCAGGAACCGCAACUUUCGGUUUUGUAUCGAUCGACGUGAUUGGCUGAAAUGGCCACAAUGAGACACGUGGUCUGAUCAGAAGGUCGGACUCCACUGGACUGGUUUGUCGCUACGAGACUUGAGAUGAAUCUCAGAUAAACGGAUGAUAAAGACUCUGAUCUGAUGUGAUCUGAUGUGAUCUGAUGUGAUCCCGGAGAGCGUUCUGGACUCUCGACUUGUCCCGCGUCACUGUUGCAUGGUAGAAAAUCUUAACGAUGUGUUUCGGUUCGACCUGACCACUUUAAUGAAUUUGUACAUUGCUGUUGUGAUGCCUUACUGUCUUGAUUAAUAAAAGACCGUUAGGAGGAGACCCGGGCCUCCGCCUCACUCA